UCUGGAAGAAGAAAGAUGGCGGCGUCCAUGUUGUGCAGGAGGACGGCGGUGUUACAGAGGAUUUCAUCUUUAAAAACGAUUCUUUCUGCGAAUUCUCACAUCGGGUUUCUUCUGCAGACAGCGUCGUAUAACCCAAAGCCUUUAAAGCUGAACAUCAGUGGGCCAUAUAUCCCGGACAAGGACAGUGAGAAAACCCCGGAGUGGCAGAAGACGACGCGCUUCGACAAGAAGCUGUUCGGUCGGUACGGCUCAGCUUCGGGCAUCGACCCUGCCUCGCUGUGGCCCAGCGGUGAGCAGCUGGACAAGAUGAUCGAAGAAGAAAAACAAUGGCAUCCUACGUUAGAGGUGAUGCUGGAGAAUGUCGCAGCCAAGGAAAAGCAGGAAACCGAAAAACGUCUGGCAAAAGAGAAGCUCAUCGCGGCAAACAUGGCGAAAAUGCCAAAGCUGGUCGCUGACUGGCGGAGGGAGAAGCGUGAAACCAAGCAAAAGCUAAAGGACGAGAAAGCUCAACGUGCAAAGUUGUUGGCGGAGGCCAGGGAACGAUUUGGCUACGCAGUGGACCCCCGGAGCCCAAAGUUCUUGGAAAUGGUUGCUGAAAUCGAGAAGGAAAACAAAAAGAAGCAGAAGCUGAUGAAACGCAGACUAAAGGAGGAGCAGACAGCAGCUCCCAUCACCCCUCCUGCCGCCGCCGCCUCGUAAUCGUGGACUGCACAGGUUCAGAUGUUGGUUUCUGAUGGGACUUGUUCGAACAGCGACAGAGACUGAGAAGGUGUUUUGCAAACAUCAGUGAGACAGUCCUUAACAGAAUCUGAGAACAUCUUUAAUGACCUGUACCCAGGAAAACUCCUUCCUUAUUAUCACCUUUGUUUAAAUCCUCUAUCCACAGUCGCUUGUCCUGUUUAUUAGGCAAAUGUCCAUUUUUCAUGACAUAUGUAUUCAGCCAGUCCUGAGACAAAUAUUUAUAUAUACUAUUUUGUCUUUGUGUUUAGAGGAAUAAAUAUUAAAAUUUGACAAAAUACAAAAAUAA